AUGGUCCCAGGUUGCACAAGUCACACAAGCAAAGGCCGCAACUUCAGAAGACCCAAGUUUACCAGAAAACCGACUCAAGACUCAGCCAUGGCAAACGAAUAUCUCAAGGCUAUUGCCAGCAGGCGAACAAUCUAUGCACUAGCAAAAGAAUCCACCAUUUCCGUUUCACGUAUUCAGGAGAUCUUGACAGAAACGAUCAAGCAUUCGCCAUCUUCAUACAACAACCAAGCUCAAAGAAUCGUCCUGCUGCUUGGCACGGAUCAUGAAAAGCUGUGGGAAAUCGCUGAUGAGACAGCCAAGAAAAACCUGCCUGAGGAAGUCUAUGGUUACCUAGGCCCUAAGCUAGCCGGGUUCAGGGCCAGCUAUGGUACCAUCCUGUUCUUCGACGAUGCUGCCACCAUGAAGCCAUACAAGGAGAAACAUCCUGGAAUGCCGUUCGACCAGUGGAAUACACAUUCCCAGGGUAUGCUUCAGAUCCAUACAUGGGAUGCUCUCGAGUUGGAAGGUCUCGGUGCCAACGUGCAGCAUUUCGAUUUUUUGCCGGGCUUUGCUCAGGUGGUGAAGGAUAAUUGGAAGCUUUCCGAGGACUGGAACCUUCAUGCACAGAUGGUGUUUGGAAAGCCUACGGGAGGGCCUGGCCCUAAGAGCUUCGACGAUAUCGAUGGCAAGAGGCUUCUGAUCUUUGGUGAUAAAAGAUGA